AUGGAAUCUGGCUUCACCUCCAAGGACACUUAUCUGAGCCAUUUUAACCCUCGGGAUUACCUGGAAAAGUAUUACAACUUUGGGUCCAGUCACUCUGCAGAAAACAAGAUUCUUAGGCAUCUUCUGAAAAAUCUUUUCAAGAUAUUCUGCCUAGAUGGCCUGAAGGGAGACCUCCUGAUUGACAUCGGCUCCGGCCCCACCAUCUAUCAGCUCCUCUCUGCUUGUGAAUCCUUCAAGGAGAUCAUCGCUACUGACUACACCGACCAGAACCUGCAAGAGCUGGAGAAGUGGCUGAAGAAGGAGCCAGGGGCCUUCGACUGGUCCCCAGUUGUGACCUACGUGUGUGAGCUGGAAGGGAACAGAGUCAAGGGGCCAGAGAAGGAGGAGAAGUUGAGGCGGGCAGUCAAGCAGGUCCUGAAGUGUGACGUGACUCAGAGCCGGCCGCUGGGUGCCGUUUCCCUGCCCCUGGCCGACUGUCUGCUCAGCACGCUGUGCCUGGAUGCCGCCUGCCCUGACCUCCCUGCCUUCUGCACAGCCCUCAAGAACCUUGGCAGCCUGCUAAAGCCGGGGGGCUUCCUGGUGAUCGUGGAUGCCCUGAAGAGCAGCUACUACAUGAUUGGCGAGCAGAGGUUCUCCAGCCUCUGCCUGGGCCGGGAGGCGGUAGAGGCUGCCGUGAUAGAGGCUGGCUAUACCAUCAAACAGUUUGAGGAGAUCUCUCAAAGUUAUUCUUCCACCAUGGCCGACAACGAGGGACUUUUCCUCCUCGUGGGGCAGAAGCCGAGCAGAUCUGUAUGA